GUGCGGAAAGUUCCAGCUUUCACUGCAGACAUGUUCAGGUUUCUUGUGUUGACCUCUCUCGCAGCCCUCGUGCUGGCUGAGCUGACGCCUCAGCCCAGGUACCUGGAGGACAGCGCUGAGGAGAGAGUUGUGGGAGGUUCGGUGGCCAGCCCCAACUCCUGGCCCUGGCAGAUUUCUCUCCAGUACAAAUCUGGCAGCUACUACUACCACACCUGUGGAGGAACCCUGAUCAGGAGAGGAUGGGUCAUGACUGCUGCUCACUGCGUGGACAGUUCCAGGACUUGGCGUGUUGUUCUCGGAGACCACAACAUCAACUCCAAUGAGGGAAGAGAGCAGUACAUGAGCGUGAGCCGCGUCUACAUCCACCCCAAUUGGAACUCCAACAAUGUUGCCGGAGGAUGGGACAUCGCUCUGCUGCGUCUGUCCUCUGAUGCUACUCUGAACAACUACGUCCAGCUCGGUGCUCUGCCUCCUUCCGGUCAGGUUCUGCCCCACAACAACCCCUGCUACAUCACCGGAUGGGGUCGCACCCAGACUGGAGGUCAGCUUUCCGCCCAGCUGAAGGAGGCCUCCCUGCCCCUUGUUGACUACAGGACCUGCACCAGCUACGGAUGGUGGGGCAGCACUGUGAAGGACUCCAUGGUCUGUGCUGGCGGUGGCAGCGAGUCCGGCUGUCAGGGUGACUCCGGUGGCCCCCUGAACUGCAGUGUCAACGGCCAGUGGGUGGUCCACGGUGUGACCAGCUUUGUGUCUUCUUCUGGCUGCAACGCCUACAGGAAGCCCACUGUCUUCACCCGUGUCUCUGCUUACAUCAGCUGGAUGAACAGCAUCAUGGGUUGAGAAGAAGGAUGAUCUCCAUGGAAACGACAGAACACUCUGGAUUCAUCUCAGUUUCUAACUCUGACAGAAUAAAAUGUCCUUUAAUGUG